UGUGAUUCAGACAAAUUAAUUUGAGAAUCAGGAACUUUACUGAAGAGGAACUCCACAUGGUGUUUAGAAAACCCUCCGUUUGUAACGUGUUUUUAUAAAGUUUUUUUUUUACUUAAAUGUUGUUAUCCUCUCCGUGUUGAGGAGGAAGUCGUUUUUACGGUUUUUACGGUGUUUAGUCUCUUAGUUUGAAGGCCUGUCAACAUGCUGCUGAUCGGUGGUGCGUUCACGGCCCUGCUGCUUCUGCUCUCUGGACUUUCUGCUGCUUUUGUUCCUCCACCAACAAACCUGACUGUGAGCUGCACGAACCUCGACGUGUCGCUGAGCUGGGAGUUCAGCGAGCAGCAAACAGGCACCGAAUUCAAGAUAGAUGUCAAAGGAUCUGAUAACAAAGAAAUACAUACAUUUUGGGUGAAAGAGCGUCACUUUGAUCUGAGCCACUUCGUCUGGGAAUCUGAGGCUCGCUUCAUGGCUUUCUUAGGAGUCAAUGUGACAGCAGUUCAGGGAGGAAACCGGUCUAAAGAAGCAAAGACCUCCUUCACCUUUAACAGCUUAAAGGAAGCUCAUAAAAAAUGUCAGUUGGUUUUCCCCCAUGUGGAUCUGGUGGAGACGCGUUUAGGACACACGCUUAUCUUCAAGAAUCCUCUCCACUACUACGAGAAGCUGAAGCAGGCUACCAUCGGAUCAAAUGGGGCCUCCUUUAAAUUUGAAUCUGCCUCUUCCAAAAAGGAUCAUUUUGACGGAAAAUGCGACAGGCCGCAGGAAAACUGCAAACUUGCUAUUGUGUUCGCUGCGGACGUGGAGAAGUGUGUGAAGCUGAAGGGAGAGCUGUUUGGAAGUAACUCUAUUGACCAAGUCGUGUUCAGACAGACCGCCAAAAUCUGUGCCGAACCAGAAGAGAAGGAUCUUACGGUGGCUCUGGUUGUAUUGCUGUUCGUCCUCGGCAUUGUAAUCGUUGUGAUUAUAAUUAUCAUCAUCAAGGUGAAAGCCUGGACGAUGGAGAGCCCCUGCACACCUCCUUCUCUGUUGCAGAAUCACAGAGAAGGAGAAGAUGGACCUUUACUAAUUAAAGAAGACUUGACUCACAUCAGUGUUGUUACACUGUUCGACCAGCCCGUCAACCCUUCUUCAGUCGGGUCCGAGGAGGAAGAGGAGAACAGCAGAGACGACAACAGAGACGACAACAACAGAGACGACAACAACAGAGACGACGACAACAGAGAGGACAACAACAGAGAGGGUUUGCAGCCUCCUGAUGCGGCGUACUCUGAUGGAGGACUUCUGGAGGAAAACAUUACAUCACAUGAUGAUGAUGAUUUGGCUGUCAGCUCCAAGGAGGAAGAGGAGGCCAGCAGAGACAGCAGCACAGACAGCAGCAGAGACAGCAGCGGAUACCUAAGCAGAGAGGGUGUGCAGCCUCCUGAUGCCGCGUACUCUGAUGGAGGUAUUCUGGAGGAAAACAUGAAAGAUGAUGAUGAUGAUUUGGCUGUGAGCUCCAAGGAAGAAGAGGAGGCCAGCACAGACAGCAGCAGAGACAGCAGCAGAUACCUAAGCAGAGAGGGUGUGCAGCCUCUCGAUGCGGCGCACUCUGAUGGAGGACUUCUGGAGGAAAACAUUAGUGAUGAUUCUGCGAAAACUCAGACUAUUGAAACGGUGGAGUCGAUACGAUCACACUACGAUCGCCCUCACGCUCCGUAGGUGGAUAUCGGUGACAGGGACUAAGCUUACCGCGAGAGGUGAAAAGAAACCUAAAAAGACGACUUUAUUCUGGAUUAAAAGUCAUUUUCUCGUGGUUUGGACCUCUCUAUACUUUGCAUUACAAACAAGUGCACUCAUGGAGGUGGUGCCUUUUCUCAAGAAGGGACAAAGACAGUUAAACCUUCUACUUUGUGAUUGCACUGGUAAACAUCUACCAAUGUUUAAGUAUAUCUUUGGUUUGCCUUGUGGCUGUUUUUUAGAGGCAAUUCGAGGGGAAAAGGCGGAUUGUUUCAACGGCUGCAACACAAACAGGAUGUGAUUUAAGAUUUGAGCCUGUUUACCGAACAUGUGGAGAAACUUAACAUGAAACCUCAGCCUCAUGUAUAUCACUUUAACUAUAUUUAUACAAUAACACAGUAGUUAGCAUUGCUGUUUGACUCUGUUGUACCCGGGAAACGAAGCGGUGAUCUUCAAGUCUCCUGAAGUCUACUUUAACACAACGUACAUUAUUUUACCUCAAGGGAACACGCUCCAUAAGAAGUAUGAUCGCUCUUAUAGUCUCUAAGUGUCCACUCUUAUAUUCUCUAAGUAUCGGCUAAAACUUGUGGAUGUUUGUGCAGCUGUUAUUCAUGAAGGGAAAGGCUCCAUGUCUUGUUUUUACAUUUAGGGGUUUGGUUCUUAAAAAGGGACAUUUUACAUUUUUUUUUACAUUUUAUUUGUAAUAUAUAUAUAUAUAUAUAUACAGUGGCGGCCGGUCCA